CGUCACCCCUGUAGACGUGUAAACCCGGAAAGCCCUGCCAAACAGUGCUACGCUGGCGUUUUGGAAGAACUGAGGACCAAAGUACAAUAAAACGCUUUUUGUUUGUCUAUUUUAUAUUUUUGGCUCAUUCGUGUGUCUCGCCCGCGUUCCAGCUGUUGCCUCCUCUACGGAGCGCCGUAACAAUAACUUAAAAGAACACGGUACUGUGACGAAGGAAAAUGGGGAAGAAGGACGCCAGCGCCACCAACCUACCAGUUGAUCAGUACAGGAAACAAAUUGGUAAGCAGGACUACAAAAAGACAAAAUCGGUUCUGAAGGCCACGCGGCUCAAAGCGGAAGCCAAGAAGAGCUCCUCCGGAUUCAGGGACGCCUUUUUGCUCGUCGUGGCCAUCUUGUUUUUUGUCGUCUGCGUCUACGCCUUUUUCUACCUCAACCUCAGCAACGAGAUUAACAUGGACAUGGACGUGGACUGAAAGGAGCCGUGGGAGACCAAGUAAACACAAACGGGAAGCGAUGUCGUCAGUCUUUCAGACUCAUUAGGUAGACCCACAUAAUGCAAUCCGAGCAAUCCUGCCACCUAGAGGAAGGAUAUUCAAUUGUACGGCUAAAUAUGUCUUCAGCAACAAA